CCUAUUAGAGAAACGAAGCAGCGUGAAAUGUCACCUAGACUCUCCUUCUCAUUGAGGGUAAAAUUGGGGUAGCCGAAGAAGAGAAUGGAAAGUCGAAUCGGUGCUCUUCGUCAAUCCCUGUAUAACUUUGAUAAAGAAAUUGAACGAUGGCGGCUUCUUUCGGAUACGAACGGAACGGAUCAAUCAGACCCCUUUAUGAAGCCGAAUGCUAUAUCGUCCUGAACAAAAACCUAAAUUCAUCGUUGAGAGCAGCAGCCUCCAUCGCCACCGCAUCCCCCAUCGCCGACCCAGCAACAGCAACCCUCAUCGCUGCCGCCGCAGCAGCUCCUCCAGGUACGUCCUCUUCAGCACCAGUUGUGUUCAGAGUCCAGUGCGUCCUGAGAUUAAGCGUGGCAGGAAAUCCUGUGAAUGAGUUUCUGGAGGAGAAGGAUUGGCGGGAGACAAGGCAAUCAUCCCUUGAGCUUCCUUGGUCUAGAGACGGAUUAAUAAUAGAUGAUAUUAGUCUAGAAUUAAAAUUAUCUGAAACCCUUACCGCCCUUAGGGUUUCCAAAGACACUCAUCAGUAUAUUAUGGACAAACUCCGCUUCGGGGCUGCUGCCAUCUCACAUCUGCUAAACUCAGCUCCAAAGUUUGUGGUGCAUAUAUUAGAGGUGACUCACAUCACACUCCCGCUAAUCGACGAAGAAGGUCAAGCAAUCUACCCAGAGCACAUACCUUACAAUGAUGAAGUGUAUACCGAUGUCGAUUAUCAUAUUCAAACAGAAAAACAUGAAAUUCAUCAGGCAAAUUUUGUUGAUUCUGUCAAGAAAUUAAUUGUGGGCACACGAGACGUUAAUGAAAAGGACGACGAGGCUUUAAUACAAGAUUGGUUCUUGAAAUUAACUAAUGCUAUUUAUAGAGUUGCUUGGCAGGUAACUGAGGAAGAGGAUGCAAAGGAGGAAGAGGAAGAAAAGGAGGCAAAGAAGGAAGAGGAAGAAAAGGUGGCAAAGGAGGAAGAGGAAGAAAAGGAGGCAAAGGAGGAAGAGGGAAUAGAGGAAGAAGAAGAAAAGGGGGCAAAGGAGGAAGAGGAAGAAAAAGAGGCAAACGGGGAAGGUGAAAAAAAGGAGGCAAAUGAGGAAGAGGAGUGGACCUGCCCCAUCUGCUUGGGAAUAAUCGAAUCACACGAGGCAUGGAGUGAGAUGCCUUGCUGCUCUCAAGCUUUCCAUUGUGAUUGCAUCUCGCCGUGGAUCAAACGUCUCCAUAAGUGCCCCUGGUGUCGUUCCUCCUUGCCUCUUGUGCUUCAAUCGGCAAGGGGCCUUAUUGAGCGUCACAAUUCAGAAUAUAUUUUGUAUCCGAGUCCUCCUGGGAUUCAUGAUCAAUUAGUGGUAUUAUGGCAUCUUUUGUCUGAAAAAGCUUGGUGGACCAACCAGGUAGUACAUGAGGCUGGUUGCAUGUGUGGUUGUCACUCUAACAAAUUUGAAGUGAUACGAGCUUAGCAAUUAGCAUCAGUUUGAUUCAUGAAAUUGGAGGCUACUAUGUAGCUUGUUAAAAAGGAUAAGAAACAGAUCAAAUAUUA